GUCUGAGUUACGUCUUUCUCUUUUCUUCUGCAUCUCAUUUGUCCUCCUUUUUUUGUUUAUUCAUCACCCUCUCGAUAAUUUUUCUUGUAUUCCAUAGAAUUAUCCAGAUUAAAAACAUGGCAGCUCCGAUUCGAUCCUUCGAGCUGAACACUGGUGCCAAAUUACCUUCGGUCGGUCUCGGAACAUACGCCUUGGUCCCGGCAACGAUCGAACAGGCGAUUAAGAUUGGAUACAGACAUAUCGACUGUGCUUCCAUAUACGGUAACGAGAAAGAGAUUGGUAGUGUAUUGAAGAAGCUCAUAGAUGAUGGUUUCGUGAAGCGUGAGGAGUUAUUCAUCACUUCGAAACUCUGGUUUGCCUUCUUUUCCUACCAUCUUUUCUCUUGUGGACAUGCUUUUUUUUUUUUGGUUUGCACACACAUAUGUUCAUUGUUCUGCAGGUGCAAUGAUCAUUUGCCUGAAGAUGUCCCUAAAGCACUGGACAAAACAUUGCAUGACUUACAAAUUGACUACGUUGAUUUAUAUCUGAUACAUUGGCCAGUGAGCUUGAAGAAGGAAUCACGUGUGCCAACACCUGAAACACUCACAAAACCUGACUUACCAAGUACAUGGAAAGCAAUGGAAGCUCUCUAUCACUCUGGAAAAGCUCGGGCCAUCGGUGUGAGCAACUUCUCUUCCAAGAAGCUCGUUGAUCUUCUAAACGUGGCACACGUAGUCCCUGCUGUUAACCAAGUGGAAUGCCACCCAGUGUGGCAGCAACAAAGUCUUCAUGAACUAUGCAAAUCCAAAGGAGUUCACUUAUCCGGUUACUCUCCAUUGGGUUCACAAUCUAAGGGAGAAGUCAGGUUAAAGGUUCUUCAGAACCAGAUUGUCGCCGAGGUUGCAGAGAAACUUGGAAAGACCACCGCUCAAGUGGCUCUUCGUUGGGGACUCCAAAUGGGUCAUAGUGUCCUACCAAAGAGCUCGAGCGAGGCUAGACUCCAGGAGAAUCUUGAUGUUUUUGACUGGUCCAUACCUGAAGAUCUGCUUGUCAAGUUCUCCAACAUUCCUCAGGAGAAGUUAGUCCCAGGUGCUGAUUUCGUGCAUGAGACGAAUGGCUUCUAUAAGACCAUUGAUGAGCUAUGGGACGGUGAAAUCUGAAAAGCUUCAUCUAGACGUUAAGGACAUCGAAUUAUUUUCUGUUUAAUAAAUCCUUCAUGUUUGUUAUCGGUUAGAAACACUACAUGAAACUUCCCAAGCUUUGGAAACUGUUUACUUAGUUCAGUCUUCAAACAAUAGACUGUGUACUACGAAUUCAUCAUAACUGCUUUAGUCCAACCUGCGAAUAUAUCCUUCAUAUUUUAGCGUUGAAAA